GAGUCAGCGCAGCGCAGCGCUCCAGACCUUUGCCUUCAGCACCGGCAGAUCCCGCACAGAGCGUCUCCAGCGCGGACCGACACAAGCCCGCCAGGAUCUACGCGGGGUGAUGGCUCCGUUGCAAACAUCUGCGUGAUUUUUUUUUAAAACCAGACGCGAAAGCACUGAUGUGAAGUUUCCCGCCGCUCUCAUUUGAGUUGAGAUGAAGAUCUAAGACGCUGCGAGAGAAGGAACUUUGCGUCUCCGCGCACCCGGACGCCCUGCGGGGACACCGGGCGCUUCUGUGAUCAGACGACUGAACUUCUUUUUUUUUUUUUUUUUUUGUAUUUGUGGGUUUCUCACUCUCUCUGACAGAGUAGAUAUAGGAGGGAUCCUUUGGUGCGGAUUGUUCAAGCCUCUCCGGUUCGUGGAUGGAAUAACUCAUAAUGGAAGGGCAAUGAGAGCCGUCUCUGCUGCUGCUGGGCAAUAAUCCGGACCACCGCACCAACAGAAUGCAGGAGCGGGCGGUACAGAGGGUGUGCGCGUGGCUCUUUCUGGUGAUUUUGACCCUUCUGUCUCUCUGGGGUCAUCUGUCUGAUGCCUCCUCUCACCGCAGUCACAUCGUGCACGUGAAGGCUGGCACAUGUGAGGUGAUUGCAGCCCACCGCUGCUGUAACAGAAAUAAGAUUGAGGAGCGAUCACAGACGGUUAAGUGCUCCUGCUUCCCAGGACAAGUCGCUGGAACAACGAGGGCUGCACCCUCCUGUGUGGAUGCAUCUAUAGUAGCUCAGAAGUGGUGGUGUCAGAUGCAGCCGUGUUUGGAUGGUGAGGAGUGUAAAGUCUUGCCUGACCUCACAGGCUGGAGCUGCAGCACUGGAAACAAGGUGAAGACCACCAAGGUGACCCGAUAGUUCUGCACUCCAUGAAACCACCAGACCCAACUUACUGGGGACGAAAGUGCUGAAAGUGAAGACUAACUAGAGACAGCAUUGAGCUUCAGCUAACAGGAUCGAUCGAUAUUAGUCAAACGAAGAUUAUUUGCGAUCUGAGGAACAGACUGAUCUCCAGAAAUAUAUCCACCAUAAACGUUAGGACCAUCCUGAAGUUAAUGUGUCCACUUCAACGGACCCCCUGGCCUUCCGGACGCUCAAUCUUCUGGGUGUGGAUCCACAACCUCAAAAUGUGUUGGCUGGGGGGUCUCUAUGUACGUAUGCAGUUGUUUUUUUUUCUUUUUUUUACGGAAGGCGUUUGGAUCAUCUACACCAGUGCAGCCCAAUGGAGUUUAAGCUUAUCAGCAACAUGCCCUCCUUCCUUGUCCUUCAGUUCUUCCGGCAAAUCCAUAACCAUCCCUGGUCUACCCGAUCAGAAGGUCCGACCAUUUCUUGUGGAAUCCUUUAAACAGCAUUUAAACAUAUAAAACGAUCUGGACCUUUAACGGACUCAUCUUCUGUAUAUUGUUUGUUUCUAAAUUAAAGCUUUUCAAGCCCACAGUCUGAAAUAACAGAUUAGAUGUACCAGUAUAUUCUAGAAAAUGUAAAAGUGUAAAAGCUCAAAGUGUUAUUCUCAAAACAAGCAGAAUAAAGUUAAAAGGUUAUCACUUUUAUUAUCAAUGUUUUUAUCCAGCCUGGUAACUGCUAUUGAGUACAUGUGUCAGUAUUAUAUUCAAUAAUUAAAAAUGUCGAAAAUA